CAACCGGAACCUCAAACGCCCCAGGCCGCUGGAUUCGCUCCCCUCACAUCCUCUCACUGCUUAGGGAGCUUACUGGAGCACAUCUCCACAGCUGACAGCGGCACGCACCGAGCGCAUGGGACAAUAACAACACGCAGAGGAAAACUUUGCUCUCUCUCAUAGUGCACCGUCAAAGACUUGUGGCCACAAUGGACGUCUCUCUCAUCUCCACAUCCAGUCAUUUUACAAUGAAGCCUACACAGAGACCCUGUACACCUAGCUAGCAAUACAUUUUAAUUUUUUACAAUUAGCACUUAAAAAAAUCAUCUAAAGGGUUAUAUACCUAGUUUCUGUGCUCAAAGUUGAUUUACAAAGACAUAUUACCUCAUAAUUCUUUAAGAUUAAGUUAUUUGCCGAGUAGUGAUGGAUACAACUACACUAGCAACCCUGGCUGCCGCCGCCACCGUGGCUCUGGCCUCUCAGUCUGACAUGUCGGGCUAUUUGUGGCUGUUGAUAGUAGGCUUCAUCAUUGCCUUCAUCCUCGCUUUCUCUGUGGGGGCCAAUGAUGUGGCCAACUCCUUUGGGACGGCAGUGGGCUCUGGGGUGGUCACAUUGCGGCAGGCGUGCAUCCUGGCCACUAUCUUUGAGACGGUGGGCUCAGUGCUGCUGGGAGCCAAAGUCAGUGAGACCAUCCGGCAGGGUAUCAUCGACGUCCAAAUGUACAACGGCUCAGAGCACGUCCUCAUGGCGGGAUCGAUCAGUGCAAUGUGUGGCUCCGCUGUGUGGCAGCUGGCUGCAUCAUUCCUGAAGCUCCCCAUUUCUGGAACUCACUGUAUUGUUGGGGCCACAAUUGGCUUCUCUAUGGUAGCCAGGGGUCACCAAGGGGUCAAAUGGAUGGAGCUACUGCGCAUUGUGGCUUCCUGGUUCCUGUCACCUAUGCUGUCAGGCAUCAUGUCAGGAAUUCUCUUCUAUUUUGUCCGCAAAUUCAUUCUGAGCAAGACUAACCCCGUACCCAACGGCCUCAGAGCCCUUCCUGUCUUCUACGGCAUCACUAUGGGCAUCAACCUCUUCUCCAUCAUGUUUACAGGAGCACCGCUGCUGGGUUUUGACCGACUGCCAUGGUGGGGAACGCUAUGCAUUGCUCUGGGGUGUGCUUUCGUCACAGCCUUGGUUGUUUGGUUUGUUGUUUGCCCACGCCUCAAGAAGAAAAUCAAACGAGAAAUAGCUGCCACUGCCUGUGAAACUCCACUAAUGGAAACAAACUCCAAUAAACCGACCUUAGCAGAGCGGCCCCCGAUACCUCAUAACCCUCAACCACAGGCCCCUCCCGCAGACGAUCAGAGGGUGGCUUUUAAACUUGGAGGCUCAGAGGAGGCUGAUUUAGACAACGACAUGGAAAACAAAGACCUGGAUAUCGCCAAUGGUCUAAACGGCUCUUUUGGGCCCAUGACAAUCACUGAUCCUCACAGUGGACGGUCCCACACAAUCCACAAAGACUCUGGUCUUUACAAAGACCUCCUCCACAAGCUCCACAUGGCCAAGGUUGGUGACUGCAUUGGUGACAGUGACACAGAAGAGCGGCCCAUCCGGAGGAACAACAGCUACACCUCCUACACCAUGGCUAUUUAUGGGAUUCAGGGAGAUCCUAAAUACAAAGACUUGGAUGUUGGGCUGCAGAGAAGGUCGAGAGUGGACAGUUACAGCAGCUACAACUCGGCAGUCACCAGUGAGAGUGCAGUCCCAGAGGGGAGCGUGAUUCAAGAAGCUGGCGGGGACCUCGCUCUGGAGGAGGAUGAGCUGGAGGUCGAUCAACCUGAAGUUUCCUUGCUUUUCCAGUUCCUGCAGAUACUCACAGCAUGCUUUGGCUCAUUUGCUCAUGGAGGGAAUGAUGUUAGCAAUGCGAUUGGCCCACUGGUGGCACUCUGGCUUCUGUAUGAGAGUGGCUCUGUGGUGUCCAACACACCCACCCCCAUCUGGUUGCUUCUCUAUGGUGGCGUGGGCAUCUGUGCUGGACUCUGGGUGUGGGGUCGAAGGGUGAUCCAGACCUUGGGAAAAGACCUUACCCCCAUUACACCUUCCAGUGGGUUCAGUAUUGAGCUAGCUUCAGCAAUCACAGUUGUUGUGGCAUCCAAUAUUGGUCUUCCUGUCAGCACAACCCACUGCAAGGUGGGAUCUGUGGUGGCUGUGGGAUGGCUUCGCUCCAGAAAAUCAGUGGAUUGGCGCUUGUUCAGGAACAUCUUCAUCGCCUGGUUCGUUACAGUUCCUAUUUCUGGCCUGAUCAGUGCUGCCAUCAUGGCUCUCUUCAUAUAUGUCAUCCUGUGAGCCUCCGACUCCACUACACUGUUACUUGGACUGGUGGUCUGCUGUCAGCUGUUUUGUCUGACUGAUAAACCUGCGCUAAUAAACAUGUACCAUUUGUUCCCUGUUUGUGAUUUAUAACAUUCAGUGUAAUUUCAAAGUCACACAAAUUACUUUAUCUUAUAGGGAUGUUCUUAUGAAUUAUGUGGCACUGUAACGCUGUUGAAAUAGCCAAAAGACUGUGAUCCUGUAAAUCCUUCUGUAUAUUUGUAUAAAAGCAAUAUGUAUUAUGAUCAAAGCAUUCACUUUUGAAAGAAGAUAUUUCUAUGUUUGCAUAUCAGGGUGUAAUAAAAUAAGGGUUGCUUGAUUUAAA